ACGACGAAGGAAACGAUGGCAGCUACUGUCGCCUCGAAGUCGUGUAAACGAGACGCCGAAAUGAUAGCGGACGGCAUGUCGGACACGGCGGGUAAGCUAACCGCGGGUUGUCGUCGGAGGACGGCGGCGGUUGCGUCGUCAUCGGGUGGACAGUCGCGUACCGCGGUGACCGUGCUGUCCGUGGUGAUGGUCGCCUGUGCCGUGGCGGCUGUCGACUUGCAACACGCGGCCGCCGCUUGUCAACACUGGCUGUCGACGAUGUUCCAGUCGGCCGCCGAUCAACAGUGUGCAUUGACGUUACCGGACUUCUUUGAAGAUAUAUUACGACCGCCAAUUGAUUGUUCCUACUGCCAAGGAUUAGAUGCUAUUGAGAAAGUUUUCAAUCUAUCAGUCGAAAAUUUUGAAAAGUACUACGCGUAUACAGGACGGCCUGUAGUAGUCGUCGAAGACUCCAGCAGUGUCAAGCGGUCGGCUGAUUUUGGGUUUAGACUUUUUAAAAACUUGUCCGAUUCUAAACUUUUAACGCCGUGCCAGUUUUUUCCGUACAAAACCGAAUUCAACUCGCUCGAAGAAGCUCUAGAUAUGGACAACGAACGGGCUAUGAUGGUGCCCGGAUUUGCACCGUGGUACAUUGGAUGGAGCAAUUGUGAACGUAAAUCGAUAAAUCGUUUGAAGGAACAUAUAACUCUACCGAGUUUCUUACCAACACUGUCAGACAGGAAGCAAACCCUAUGGAUUUUUAUGGGCACACCCGGUCACGGAGCACCGAUGCACAUCGACAAAGUGGAAUUUCCAUCGUGGCAAACACAAAUCAGUGGAUACAAAAAAUGGACGUUACGUACGCCAGCCGAAUGUUUUUUCAAAUGCAAACGAAUGUUCGAAGUAUUCAUGGAACCUGGUUCGACAAUUGUACUGGAUACAAACAUUUGGUACCAUGAAACGCAAACCAUUGGUCAGGAUAUCAGCAUAACUGUGGGUGGCGAAUAUGAUUGAGAUACAAGACAUACACAAAGAGUAUUGUAGGUACUUAAAUAUUAGAAAUCAUGAACACUAUAACUGCAAUGGCUUUUUUUUUAUUUUAAAUUAUUAACAUACACCAGCUAUAUAUAAGAAAUUUAAGACAAUUUUAUUAUUUUAAUUUUAAAUAUAGAUAAUAUUCUACUGUAAACAUUUAAUUUAUCAUAGUUAAAUUGUAAUAAUCUAACCAAAUCAUAUUAUUUUAAUAAUGGAUAUUUACCCUGUGAUCGCAAUAAAUCUAGAAAACAUAAUAUUAUUUCAUUUGUAACAAUAAGUGUUAUUUUAGAGAGCGGAUUGAAAAAUAUACAAUACAAUCGUAUUGUAAAUUAAUCUUAAGAACCCUGUAGUUUAUUAUAUUUGUAU